AUGAGAGUCAGGUUGAGUCUGGGCACAGCUCUUUUCAACCCCAAACUUUCUCCCGACAAAGUUCUCGCUCCUCAAACGGAUCUUGGAGGAGAGAUUUCCACCGAGUUCUGUCACACUCUGGACCUUGGUGGACCGGUCAGUGAGCCGGGGACGAGGCACGGGGGCAGCUGCAGCAGCGGGGGCAAGAGGAAGCCCUCUGAGCGCGGAAGGGCAGCUCCGAGGAGCCCUCGGCGGCCGGACGAGACCCUGAGAGACAGAGCUGAUCAGUUGAUUUGGAAGCACCUGCCUGCAAGUCCCAGAACAAAAACUGAGAGGAGUCUACUGGACUCAGUCAGUCUGUCGUCUCCUCUGGACAAAUGGGACGAGGUGAACCUGGACGUGGAGGACGGGGGACGCAGGAGAUACGAGAAGAGAUGCACCUCCCACCACUCCUCCAGUGAACUGCUAUGGUCUGCAGAGUUUAAAACUGAUCCUCUAACAAAGAACUCCUUCGACAUCCACAGCUUCGAUGAUCUCGACUUCAUAUCUUCAGCACAGGACUGCGGGGCGUCCAGGCAGCGCAGGCGGACUCGUUCCCUGUUGGCCAGGAAGGAGUCUCUGGAGGACGAGUUUGUCAGAGCGAAGGCUGCUGUUGAGUCGGACACAGAAUUCUGGGACAAGAUGCAGGCCGAGUGGGAGGAACUGGCUCGGAGGAACUGGCUGGAGGAGUCUGAGGACCAGGGUCCGAUCCCGCCUACUGUGUCACAGGCAGAGAAGGUGAGUCCACCUGUCCCCGCGGAUUACACCUUCCAAUUCGAGGAAACCACCUCCAAACCGAACAAAUCCUCAAAGGAGACAUUCACCACACGCUGA